GUAAUCCUCCAGCCUCCCAUCCCUGGUUCGGCUUCAACCCAUUUCAUUCAAGAGGAUUCCAGAAUUAGCAGGGACACAAUUAUAAUCACAAAGCAUGUCCACGUAUGUGUGGGCGCCAAUGGCCACUUCCAUGCCGACUUCGUCUUCCUCCUCUCAAUUGCCCGUGAGGAGAAAUUCUAGGACCUGUUGCUUCAUGAAUGCCAGAAAUCAGGCUAGAAUUCCUAUGCCCCCUAUCAACCCUAAAGAUCCCUUUCUCUCGAAGCUUGCUUCUGUGGCUGCCACUUCUCCGGAAACGCUGCUUAACCGUCCCGUGAAUUCUGAAACCCCUCCUUAUUUGGACAUAUUUGAGUCCCCGAAGCUCAUGGCUACUCCCGCCCAAGUGGAGAGAUCGGUUUCAUACAAUGAACACCGUCCCAGAAGGCCUCCACCUGAUUUGCCUUCACUGCUUCUUCAUGGCAGAAUUGUUUAUAUUGGCAUGCCUUUGGUGCCAGCCGUCACAGAACUCGUUGUUGCAGAGUUGAUGUACCUUCAGUGGAUGGAUCCCAAAGAACCUAUAUAUAUUUAUAUUAAUUCAACUGGAACUACUCGUGAUGAUGGUGAAACGGUAGGGAUGGAGACAGAAGGUUUCGCCAUUUAUGAUGCAAUGAUGCAGUUAAAAAAUGAGAUUCACACAGUGGCAGUUGGAGCAGCUAUAGGUCAAGCCUGUCUGCUGCUUGCUGCAGGGACCAAGAGUAAACGAUUUAUGAUGCCGCAUUCCAAAGCCAUGAUUCAGCAGCCUCGUGUUCCAUCAUCUGGUUUAAUGCCUGCCAGUGAUGUUCUUAUUCGUGCACAGGAGGUGAUAAUAAACAGGGAUACUCUUGUCAAACUACUCGCAAAACAUACUGGAAAUUCGGAGGAGAGAGUAGCUAAUGUGAUGAAGAGACCAUAUUAUAUGGAUUCCACAAAGGCGAAGGAAUUUGGCGUCGUUGACAAAAUUCUUUGGCGAGGUCAGGAGAAGGUGAUGGCAGAUGUUGCUCCUCCCGAGGAAUGGGACAAGGGUGCUGGUAUCAAAGUUGUAGAUGGAUUUUAGUUACUCUCGAUUGGGUAUCUGUUCACUAUAUAAAUGAUGAUAUGGUUAUGGUCGUUGCCUGAAAGAUGAACUGAACAUGCUGUAAGAGUGCUUUCUAGGAUGAUUGAGACCAAGUUAUAGGCAAAGUAGAUGAAACAUGAGCUACAGGAAUGGCCAUGCAAAGGAAACAAGCUUGUGCUGUGUUGGGAUCGUCAUUCAACUAAUUUCCAAUCCAGAUACAUGAAUAAUUAUAUUUUUUUUAUAUGGUUCGUAAGUUAGUAGCCAUGUUCAAGCAGCAACUUUUUUGCACUCAGAAUACGAAUUUCUUGACUUGACUGGUGCUACUGGCGUCCUCUUGUAUUCUGGUUCCGGCUAUCGUCAUUGAUUUCGUGCAAUCCUUCCCUCCACAACCUGUGAGGUUGCUCUAUGAAUUGAUCACUUUGAUCAUAACAAGUUUGUUUUUGGUCAGUUUAAGUCAUUUAAUAAUGUACUA